AUGAAAUUGUCUUCCGCUUUUGUAUUAUCUGCUAUCACCGUUGCCGCUUUAGGCGAAAGUAUUACUACUACGAUAACUGCUACCAAAAAUGGGCAUGUUUACACCAAGACUGUCACUCAAGAUGCUACUUUUGUCUGGGCAGGAGAAGGCGCUGCGGUAACCUCCGCAGUAACUGAAGCGUCUACUGUCGCUGCAACGUCUGCUGCCGCUGAAACAUCUGUUGCCGCUGAAACAUCUAUUGUUGAGCCUUCCACUUCUGCUCAGGGCACCUCUGCUGAUGAAGGGUCUGGUUCGAGUAUAACCACCACUAUUACAGCCACCAAAAAUGGACAUGUCUACACAAAGACCGUCACCCAGGAUGCUACUUUCGUAUGGACUGGAGAGGGUGAACGUGCUCCUGCCUCAACUGUUGCUACUGUCGAAACAUCUGUUGCCGCUGAAACAUCUGUUGCUGAACCUUCUACCUCUGCUCAGGGCACCUCUGCUGAUGAAGGGUCUGGUUCGAGUAUAACCACCACUAUUACAGCCACCAAAAAUGGACAUGUCUACACAAAGACCGUCACCCAGGACGCUACUUUCGUAUGGACUGGUGAGGGUGAACGUGCUCCUGUCUCAACCGUUGCUACUGUCGAAACAGCUGCUUCUCCAGUAACAUCUGUUGCUGAACCUUCUGCCUCUACUGAUGAAGGAUCUGGUUCGAGUAUAACUACCACUAUUACAGCCACCAAAAAUGGACAUGUCUACACAAAGACCGUCACCCAGGACGCUACUUUCGUAUGGACUGGUGAGGGUGAACGCGCUCCUGCCUCCACCGUUGCAACUUCUAGUAUUUCUGCUAUUGAAAUUCCCUCCACUACUGAGGCCUCUAUUGUGGAGGCUUCUUCUGCUGUUGAGACUUCCUCUGCUGCUGAGACUUCCUCUGCUGUUGAGACUUCCUCUGCUGUUGAGACUUCCUCUGCUGUUGAGACUUCUUCUGCUGCUGAGACUUCCUCUGCUGCUGAGACUUCCUCUGCCGUUGAGACUUCCUCUGCUGUUGAGAUUUCUUCUGCUGUUGAGACUUCUGCUGUUGAGACUUCUUCUUCUUCCUCUACUAUCGAGACCACUUCUGUUAAAAGCUUAUCUCCUACUCAGACUUCUCUUUCAUCUUCUGUCCAGGCUUCUUCUCCUAUUGAGACUUCUUCUGCUGCAAAAACCUCUUCUGUUGUGCCAACUUUUUCUUCUACUACUACUGAAAAUUCCUCUAAUUCUAAAUCCACGUCUGCAGUUGUAGCAUCUACUACCACCUCCUCUGAGUCAAGCGCUACUAUUGUUACUCCUACUAGAAUUGGGCAAGCUUACACAGAGAGUUCUUCUAGGGAUGCCCAAUCUGUUCGUACCCAUGAAAGUAACAAUUGGUCAUCAAGUUCUUCUGCAAGCACAAAAAUGGUAUCCUCUAUUACAAGAGUUCAAACCACUACCGCUGGUAUUUUCACUAACGGUAAGUCGUCCACAACUCCUCAAAUCGUGAAUUACACGGGUGCGGCUGAUUCUAUCGCCGCUGGUACGGGUCUGAUGGGCGCUGCGCUCGCUGCCGUUAUCUUUUUGUAA